AUGGCGAGCAUUGCUGCUGACCUGGCCAAGUAUAAAUCCUCAGCCCUGGGUGUUGGGACCCAGAAGAACCCAGUAAAAUACUUAAACCAGGAUUUUGGGGCCCUGAGGACGCAGUGCUUGGCUUCUGGCACUUUAUUUGAAGAUCCAGAAUUUCCUGCCAGCCAAUCAUCGCUGGGCGCUAACGAGCUGGGUCCAAAUUCAGAAGACGUACAGGGACUUGUGUGGAAGAGACCUGCGGAAAUUAAACCCAAUCCCCAGUUUAUUACUGAGGGUGCAAAUCGCGCUGACGUCCGGCAAGGAUCUCUAGGUGACUGCUGGUUCCUGUCUUCUGUUGCAUGUCUCACCCUGAAUGAAGACUGCCUGUAUCGCGUCCUUCCCAUAGACCAGAGCUUUGACACAAACUACGCAGGAAUCUUCCACUUCAAGUUCUGGCAGUACGGAGAGUGGGUGGAUGUGGUUGUGGACGAUCGCUUGCCCACCAAGAAGGGAAAGCUGCUGUUCGUGAAGUCCACGACUGCUAACGAAUUCUGGAGCGCCCUUCUGGAAAAGGCCUACGCCAAGCUGUAUGGGUCAUACGAAGCCCUGAAAAGUGGCUCACCGCUGGAGGCACUGGAGGACUUCACGGGUGGCAUUGGUGAGCUGUUUGUCCUUAAAGAAGCUCCAGAGAAUCUGUUCCAGAUAAUCCAAAAAACCCUGAGAGAGAGGUCCUUUGUCAGCUGUAGCACAGUAUCUGUCCCAGGUGUAGGAGAAAUUGUCUUGAGCAACAACCUGGUUACCAGCCAUGCAUACUCAGUGACCGGAGCGGAGGAGGUCGCCUAUCUUGGGAAACCCAUACAGAUCAUCAGAGUGAGGAAUCCGUGGGGUUUUAAAGAGUGGAACGGCUCCUGGAGUGAUAAUGCCCCAGAAUGGAAUGGAGUUGACCCAGAAGUGAGAGCAAAACUUAAUAUCCAAAGUGAAGAUGGUGAAGCUUGGUUCCCGUUUUCUUCAUUCUUAGCUGAGUUUUAUCAAGUGCAAAUAUGUCACCUGAGCCCGGACUAUGCAUGUUCUGAUGGAAAACACAACUGGUACUUAACGGAAAUGACGGGGAAAUGGACUGCGGGCUCCACAGCCGGUGGAUGCGUGGAAAACCCAAUGUAUUGGACCAACCCUCAGUUCCAGGUCACCGUGGAGGACCCGGAUGAUGGCCACGCAGGAGACGCAGCCGCAACGGGCUGCACAAUCGUUGUGAGUCUGAUGCAGAAAGGACGCAGGACAAAGAAAAAUGAAGGACAGCUUUAUUUCCUGAUCGGAUUCGAUAUAUAUAGUAUACCCAAAGAGACUCCAAUCAGUUCUCAAAUGGGGAAGAAUUUUUUCAUGAACAAUAACACGGUUGCUUGUACAGAGGCCUACAGAAACCACCGGGAGGUGUCAGACCAUUUCCGUCUUCCUGUUGGGAAAUACUUGAUUGUACCGACAACUUACAAACCCGAUGUGGAAUCUGAUUUUUUUCUGCGAGUCUUUACAGAGAAAAAAUCUACAGCUCUGGAACUUGGGAAUGUGGUGAAAACGAAUAUUUUUGAGAUACUGGCCACCUCCUGUUCUUGCACGAAACAUAACCACAAGCAGCUAUUACGCAUAGCUAGAACAUUCUGCAUACCACCCACAGUCCCCUGUUUGGCAGGACAGCCCUGUUUUUCGGACACUGUUCUGCUGCCUCGCCUGUGGCCGCCUUUACCAAACUCCGCCCCAGGUACAGAAUCUCCAGAUGAAUUUGAGGAUCCAGAGGAAGAACUCAACGUGGAAGACCUGCAGAGUGCUCUGACCCAGAGGUUGCUGAAGCGUCCUGACGUCAAAUCUAAUGGAUUCACUCUGAGGACGUGCAGAGAAAUGAUCAAUCUCCUGGAUCGGGACAAUACGGGGACGCUGAGCAAAGAAGAGUUUAAAGUUCUCUGGAUGAAGCUGGAGAAUUACACGAAAAUCUUCCUGGAAGUAGACACCAACCUCACAGGAACUAUUGAUGCCCAUGAAAUGCGAAACGCGUUGCAGAAAGCAGGUUUUACCCUCAACACCCGGAUUCAGGACGUCAUUGCACGGCGCUACGCUACUAAGGAACUGUCCAUUCAUUUUGAGGAUUUCAUCACAUGUAUGAUGCGCCUGGAGACCCUACUCAAAAUGUUUAAUAUCCUGGAUACAAAUAAGAGUGGAAACAUCAAUUUAUCCGUCUCUGAGUGGCUCUGUGCUGGACUGAUCUGACUGUGUGCUCAUACAUUAUAUGUGGCAAUACCCCUGUACAGUGAGGGCAGAACUGUCUCUGUGUCACCCCUGACUGUCUGCCCCUCUCCUUUAGACUGUAAGCUCUCACGAGCAGGGCACUCUUCCCUCAUGUGCUUUUCCAUCUCUUCCGUCUCCUACUCCAUACUCCCUACAACGCACCUAGCCCUGAUGCUUAUUUCAGU